UCGCACCCACGAAACCAGAGGCAGUGAUCUCCUUAGAAGCCAUGUCUGAUCCUCUCUCCUAUCGCCACCCCUCCUCCUCCUCCUCUCCUCCACCUCCUCCCCACUGUCUCUCUCUCUCUCUCUCUCCCUCAGAAAUGGACAAAAAGGAUGCUCUCUCUCCCAGGCAUUCCAGCAGAAGAGCAUCCGACUGCCCGACGAGCUUCCUGGAAGAAACCGUGUGGAUGAUGAUGAUGAUGGGAGGCUGGAUGUGGGAGCGACGGGAGGGUGGAGGGAGUGAUGGAGGGAGAGGGCGGGGAUCACGGAGGGAUAAUGAGGCAGCUAGUUACCUGGGGGGAAAGCACAGAGCACACGAAGGGUAGAAAUUUAUAGGAAUUGCAAUGUGGUUUAAUCAUUUUCAGUAAUGAAUUUCAUUUAUUUUGCACACUUUAAAAUAUGGCAAAAUCUCAAAGAGGUUUGGCUGCAAACAGUUCAAGAAGCAGCAACUAGACUGAUGCUAUUUUAUUAGACUGCACUAUUAUAUAGAUAUUUAUUUAAGAUUAUAAUACACAAUAAUUGCUGUCUAGCAGUGAUCCAGAGGAUUGUAUUGUUCUUCAUAAAAUUUAAAAAAUGAGUAAAACAAGACUAAAGUAGCUCUGAAAACUAGAGAUAGUGAUUUCCACACAGUAUGGGAACGGUACUCGAUAUCAGCCGAUACCCAAAGCCCAGAUAUCGGAUCGGUACUCGUUAUUGGCCGGUACCCAAAGCCCAGAUAUCGGGUUGGAACUCGUUAUUGGCCAAUAGGCCACGUCUCACACUCAUUUAGUGUUCCUACAGCCUCAGCUUUGUUCCUCUUGAGAUGUUGUUGGAGCUCCAGUCUGUUCUUCAGGUCCGUCAUUCCACUUCCUUCUCCCAACGGAGGUGCACAUCUGAUUUUGGACGUUUGACAGAAUGAACAUCAUCCUCAUCUCCUCACUACUGGGUGCAUUUGUUCUCCAAAACGCUACAACUAAAGAGACUCUGAAGAUCAGCGUGUGGCCUCCGGGGUCAAACAUCUACCUCGGUGAGUGCGUGUUGCUGCGGUGCUCGGUGGAGUCGAGCCUCGGGUCGGCAUGGAGCUACCGCUGGUUUAAGCACCAGUCCGCUUCGCCCCCGAACCCCAGGCACCGGGUCUCGGGUGACAGCUACUCCAUCACCGCGGUGACAGGGGAGGACGCGGGCAGGUACUGGUGCCAAGCCAAGCGGUGGGAGAGCAACACCAGCUCUGUGGAGCUCCUCAGCCAGCCGGCCGUGCUCAGCGUGUCAGAGCUGCCUCCUCCCUCACUCCUGACUCUGACUCCCAGCAGCAGGCAGCUCUACAGAGGGGAGCGUUUCACUGUGCGGUGCCCCUCGGGCUGGAUGCUGAGGCAGUGGAGCGAUGAGCAGCGUGCAGUGAGGAAGUCAGGAGGAGUCCUCGUCACUGACCGCUGUUCACCAUUAGGGGGUGCUGUCGCUGCAGACAAGUCGGACGCAUGCACGUUCACCGCCAUCGGCGGGAGCAGUGGACUGUACUGGUGCGAGGGCCCCGAGGCCCGGAGCAACGCCGUCAACCUCACAGUGAGCAAUGGGACCAUCAUUUUGAAGACUCCUGCCUCCCCCGUAUUCGAGUUUGACAAAGUGGUCUUGUAUUGUCAGUACUGGACAGGCAAUCACAGUAGAACAACCUUCUUUAAAAAUGGAGCAGAAGUCGACACUUACAGCUCCUCCAGUUCAGACGGAGUAAUAAACAUGACUAUUGAGAAUGUGACACGGCGAGAUGAAGGCUUCUACAAGUGUGCGUCCCAGGACGGAAAGAUGGAGAGUCCAGAGAGCUGGUUGUCAGUGAGACCUGAUGCAGGCUUAAACUUCACAUCAACAGAUGGGACAGCAGCCUCCACCAGUGGCUCCUGGAAAUGGAUCAUUGUUUCAUGUGGAAUCGUACCUCUGGUCCUCAUUCCUCUAACUGUUUGGCUGCUUCGUCACCACCGGUGUUGGCCAUUUUCCAAAGAGAACCUUCCAGCAGUGGAGCUUCCUGCGACCAAGCAGGACGUGACCGAGGUGCAGUGGGACCUGUCCUGGAUGGAGAUGUCCCGUCUGUUGGAUAGACAGUUGUAUCCUGUAACUUAAAGGACCACUGUUAUGUGAAGCGUACAGGAAACACUGAAUGAAGAGGAACCUAUGAGGCAGUUCAGCCAGUGCUGUUUCUAACACGACGUGAGAACAAUUUGUAGUUAUUGAUGGUCACAUGCCAAAAAGGGUCAAGCUUCUUCGAGGAGUUCCGCAAGGACCCACUCUUGGCCCGUUGCUUUUUAUUUUUAUUUAUUCAUGUCAAUGUCCUGUCCUUGGUUUGUAAAGUUCUCUCUUAUGAUACAAAUCUUAAAGCUUCACACAAUCACACACUUUUACAAAAUACUGAUACAGAAUUGUUUCAUAUCUUUAAUGGUUUCAGAUGAACAAAUUUACCCUCAAACUGAAUAAACUCUUUAAAAAGCCUCUUGCAUCAGCUGGAAAAUGCAUCGUCACAAAGCUUUGUUUUUUAGUGACACGUGGUUCUCACAGGACAGUGAUGUAAAUCCAGAAACGUCAGAUAAAAUAA